AUGGGAGUUGAAUUAGCCCAUCAAUAUACAGAAUAUAGAGGAAUGGAAGUGCAAGAGGAGGUGGAGGAAGGUGUUUGUUUUACUGAUUUGGAUUUAGUUUAUCAUGUUAGGGAUGCCCUUUUGUCUGUUAAAACGGGUGAUAGGAGCAGUUACUACCAGCUUGUUGGGGUUUUGCACCACAAAGAUCAUUCUGCUCCUGAUAAAGUGGCUUUGCUUUUGACAAGUCUAAAGGCACUAUCUGGGGCAGUUUCUUAUAUAAACGAUGUUGAUCAUGUAUCCCUUCUUCAAUCUAUUUUUGGAAUGAGCAUGUGGAACUGUGUGCCUGAUGUGAUGGAUGCAUUGCUUGAACUUAUAAUAUGCAUGGCUGCUUCAAAUGGAAAAUACGUUUAUCUAUGCCUUGAGAUGCUUGUAAACAAUUUUAUGCCACCAAUGGAAUCAGAUAUGCUCAGGUAUCCACGUGGUCAGGACAAAAAGGAACAAGUUCUUCCUCGUGUGCAUACUGGUCUAGAAGUUAUUGUUGAUUUGGUGCCUAUGGCAGCCUUAAAAUUGUCUACAACAGUUGUCAAAAAGAGGCCUAUGUUUUUUAGGAAGGAUUUCAACAUGGAUCGUCUAAAAUGUCGUCUGGAGAUAUAUUUGAAGAAUAUGCUAAUGUUGGACGGUGGUGCUAUUAGAGAAUUUGUUGGGAACAGUAUGCUCGUGGAAGUGGUGAAUAUGCUGCUAGAAUUGGAUGUUGCGAUUGGUUGGGAUGAAAUGUUACGGGAUGAUCCUUCUAAAGGUAUCUUUACAAUGGAGUUAGAAGAUGAGGAUGAGGUAGCUGAUGACGAUGGUCAGGCCAAUGAAGGUGGAGAGUUACCUUACUGUGAAUCUACUGAUAAGCUUGUAGAAGGUCGCAAGCCAUUAGUUGUUUGUUCAUGCAUGCUGGUGUUCCUAUCUGCACAAUGUGCAUUUUCCAUGUGGUUUAUGUGGAGUGAAUAUCAUAGUUCCAAAUUGCAUUUCUACCUUCUUGUUUUGCUGUCCCAAGUGAAAACUAAUAUCUUGUUCUUUGCCCAGCUUCCAAAUACGUUAACUCUCAGGAGUUUAGGUAAAAAUGUUACUGCUGAUUUGCUGGAUAGCUUGAUGAUACAAUUUUUUGAGCAUCUUGAAGCCUGUGCAAAUGAAAAGCGUUUGAGUGAGGUAUUUGAAACUCUUUUAUCUUCAUUCAUGGCAACUAUCUUGAACACGUACAAGUCAAAGUUUGCUCAGUUUGUGAUUUUCUAUGCCUGUGCGCUGGAUCCUGAAAACUGUGGUGUGAAAUUUGCCCAAACACUUGUGGAUACAUUCUUUUCUGAUUGCAACCCCCCGCUUACCAGGAUGAGUGCUGUGGCAUAUCUUGCUAGCUAUUUGGCUCGUGGGAAGUUUCUAUCAGCUGCCUUUGUUGUAAACGUGUUGAAAAGUCUGGUGCAUUGGUGUUUGAAAUACUGUGAAGAGCGGGAAUGUGACUUGAAUCCAAAAGGGCAUCAAGUCUUCUAUUCUGCAUGCCAGGGAAUUAUGUACGUGCUCUGCUUCCAUAUGAGAUCAAUAACGAAUGUUCCUACGCUCAAAUCACAGCUUCUCCUCAUGCCUAUAGAGCCAAUAUUGAGGCACAAAUUGGGGCCUUUGGAGGUGUGCUUGCCUUCUAUUGUUAAUGAGUUUCUCAAACAAGCUAAAGCUGCUCAUCUGUUCACCAUCUCCAAAGCAUUUAUAUUUGAAGAUUUGUUGGAAUCAGAUCUUUCUAGAGAUUUUGGUGGGCUGGAGAGGCUGGACAUGUUCUUCCCAUUUGACCCAUGUUUGCUGAAGAAAUGUGACAGGGGCUUCAUCCGGCCGAACUUUGUAUACUGGAACCAUGUCAAAACCACCUAUGAUGUUGAUGAGGGAGACAGCAGUGAUGACGAUAUUGCUGAUGAUUUUGGGGCUGUAAACAAAGAAGAAGGGAUCGCUCGGAGUUUUGACCAAGAUAUUGAUCUUGAUGAAUUUGACUACGCAAUGAACAAGAUGUCCAUCACACCUAAGAAUACGUCAGGUUUCAAGCUUGGUGGUGAACGAAUGCCUUCAAAGAUAAGACCCUCUACAAGUCCAGAGUCCUUGUAA